UGCGAAUUUGAUAGUAUUUCUCAAGUCUUCAAAAUGAAGUACUGCAUCGUAACACUUUUAUUGGUAUGCGCUGUAUCAGCGGCUCCAGCAAAUGAGAAUGCGGAAGCGGAUGUACAAUCAGCUCAGUUUGGAAUGAACCAAUUUAAUGCAUAUAACGCUCAUCUUCCAUAUUAUUAUCCAGGAAUGUACAAACAAAACUCAAUGGACUAUGGUUCUGAACACCAUCAAGGUGCUUUAAAUCCAGAAAAAUAUAUGAGUAUGAAGGAUGAGGACUUCCCAGUUGAUUAUAGCUUACAAUGCUCAAACUCUUGUGGAUGUCGUCAAACAUGUACAGUUAUUUGGUGGCAACCAUGCACAUGCCGAUGCCCACCACCUUGUGGAUGUAAUGGAUGUAUUUGGGGAUGCUGUGGAAAUACAUGCUGUAAUCAAGGAACCACAUCUACAACAACACCUACAACAACUACAACAACCCCAACAACAACAACAACCGUUACAACAACACGAGCACCUGAUGCAGGUGUACCAACAAAUCCACCUUGUAAUGGAGGAUCAUGCUGUAAUAGUUGCUCAUGCAUGCCUUGCAUGAUGCCUAUUUUCUGGAUGUGCCCACCAAGAUGCGGAGGUGGAUGCUGCGGAGGAUCAUCAAAUAGCUGCUGCAAUGGAACAAACAAUAGCUGUUGUAAUAAUAACACAUCAAAUUGCUGUAACGGUUCAAAUAAUAGCUGCUGUGGAAAAUAAAUUCGAUCGCAUUAAAUCUAAUGCUUAUUUCAUUUUGAUUUGUGUAUUUUUAAAACAAAAAAAUUAAGAACCAAUAAAAAUUGUUUUUAAUAUUAGAG